CAGAGGCUGGACUACAGCCUUUUCUGCAAAAAUCUUCCUUCCUCUCGGCUCCACUGCCUCUCCCUGAGCUAUCCUGCUGGUGAGGGAGAGCAGCUACCAGCAGCAUCAGUGCUGGCAUGGGGGGGCAGUUUCCCUGAACCCUCAUGCACACAUGCAGUCUCUGGGAUGUCUGCAGCAUUCAGCAUCAAAUAGGAGCGUGCUGGGCCUCCCUGGCCUCUCAGUGUAGGAGAAAAAUCUCAACGGUGGGCUGGGAGAAAUAUCAAGAGCCCUGGAGGCCAGGCUGCUCUCGGAGGAGGUAGAAGGAGCAGGCAUUUCCAAGGGGCAGCCUUCAUCCUCAUCCCUGGCACGCUGACAGCACCAUUGCACCCCUUCUGCCUGGCAGGAUGAUGGCACGGAGGUCACAGGGCGCGACGCCUGCAGCGACGCGGCCCCAGGAGAGCCCUGGGACUCCCUCCAUAUUUUAGCCCCGCAGUGCGAGGUAUACGUGUGUGUGGGCCCGGCGGAGGGCACGGAGCGCUGGCACGAGAGCAGGCGGUAUCCCCCACUCAGCCCCGGAGCUGAGGGCGAGCACAGAGAAACUGGCACCGACCCCAGCGCCUGUGCUGAAGCCAACUCCACGCUUGCCAGGGUGAGAUGGGGAUCUCUGGUGGUUUGGGUUAUUUUGGUCUCCCCAGCUCCUUGGCCCUUCAAUGCCGCUUUUGCUGGGCCCAUUCAGCAGGUUCCUGGGCACACAGACACGUUGAAUUUGCCCCUCUGGCUCUUCUGCCUUGGGCAGGUGGAAGAAAGAGCCCAUCAUGUGCAGGGAGGUGGAUUUGAUGUUCCUUAUGGGUCCCUUAAAACUUGAGAUAUUCUAUGAUUCUAAGGUCCUGAGAUGCAAGGGGGGAUCAGCUGAGACUCUUAGUCCCCACAACGGAGGCUCUCCCCCUAAAGAGCUCAUGAGAUUUGCUCUUGGAUACUCCCAUGUGGACUUUUCUAUGUUGUUUCUUGCCGUCAUUGGUCUGGCAUCAUCUUACACACACACAGCUCCUCUUCUGAUUCCUUUUUACCAGCAGCUUUGGGCUGAACAGGCUGUAAGUUUUCAUGUAUACUCUUACCUCCUUCCAGCCCACAGAAGCUACUAGUCCCCAUUGCAGAGAUCUGCCCUAUCCUGUCUCCCAGGAAGGGGAAAUGACCCGGCUGUGGGACAACACUUUGGGAUCGGGCAAACGGGACAUGAUGAGCUACUUGGGCCAUAAGGAGGAGGUGCGGUCACGAGCCCCACAGGCAGACAGACCCAGGUGGGCUCAGCCUGUUCCCUCUGGAUCCUGGGUGAGAACUGAAGCACAGGGCUUUAGGAAAGAAAUCUGUCCACUGAAAGCAGGUACUCUUGGUUUGCUCCUAUGUGAGAUCCUGGUUCUGGUUUGCUUUCCACCCAGGGGUCUCUGAGGUUCAAGGCAGAUCUCUGUUUAGAUUUAGCAUCUCUUUAUCUAAUUCUGGUCCCAGGAAGUGUUCAACACAUCCAUGGGCACUGUGUGAGAGUCCAUCUGUGUGUGUGCUGACUGUAAACCGUGGGCGUCUCGGGUGCUCUCUGUCUGCAUGGUUUGGCAUGCCCUCAGCUCGAAGUGUUCCAGUGCUCCCACCCUGCCUCGAGGGAGUCUGGGUUUUAUCUCUGCCCUCCUGGACCAUUUCUAGCUCUCCUCCGAAGACCUGCUUUGCCGUGGACGUGGUGGCAUCCCGCGUCGCUCGCGCCUCCCCCAGUAACGGCCUUCUCCCCGUCCCAGAGCGCCGUCCUGCCAGCCAGAAGCCCGAGGAGAGCUGGCCCAAGCACCGAAAAACAGACCCUCCCUGGGCAUCCACCCUGCCGCGCGGCCCGGCCGGCUCCCCGCCGGCCCGCAGCGACCUGCUGGGUGCCAGCGGGCCCCUCUCUGGCCCACGGCUCCGGGAGUGCCACGGGCACGGCGGCGGCGCGGAGGCGCGGCACGGGCUGGAGAGGCAGGAGUACACGGUGCUGGCAGACCUGCCCAAGCCCAAGCGCCUCGGGCAGCGCGACGCUGCUGACCGCUGUGGUUCCCGGACACUCAGCCCUGGCCGAGUGGAGGUGGAGAGGAUAUUUGGAUGUGAGCGCAGGAAAUCAGAGACGCUGGAGGCCUUCCAGGCUCUGGAGGAGGGCCGUGUGGAGCGGCUCGAUGGCAAGACGCCGGUGCCACCCAGCAAAGGCCACCUAACUCGGAGGCGGUCCAGCCCCAACCUGCCCAGGGAGGCUCAGCGACUCUCCUGGCAGCUCGAGCAGCGCAGCAGAGACCCCAAGGAGCCCCGGCGUUCCCCCAGCCCAGCUCGGCACCCCGAGAAGGCCGGCAGGACCCGGGGGGACUCCCCCCGCCCUGCCAGCCCCGGCUGGCUGCUGGAGAGAGGCAGCCGGAGCCCACGCUCCGCGAGCCCAGCCCGCAGGCCGGAGAGGAGAGCAGGGGAGCCCGUGAACCCUCCCUGUCGCACCGAGAGAAGCUGGAGAAGCCGAGGGGAGCCUGCCCGCCCCCCAAACUCGGAGAGGGGCCGAGGCACCUGGCAAGCAGGGGGUGUACGGCAGGCACUGGAGAAGAAGAGCCGAGGGGAUUCCCUGCAGCCCACAGGCGCUGGGAAGGGCUCAGAUAAUGUCAGGCUGAGCCGGGCAGGGCCACCACCACGGGCCCUCAGUCCCGGGAGGCGUGCAGAGAGCACGAGGAAAAGCCAAAAGGAGAUCUCCCCUCCCAGCUUGGUGCGAGGGGCAGAGAGGCAACGAGUGAAGCCGGGGGAGCCGCUGCACCUGGCAGGGCCCAGGAAGCCAUCGGAAUGCAGCUGGCAGAGCCUGCGGGAAAAGCUGACCUCCUCCCAGCCCGCAAAGGGCACCAGCAGCGACUGGAAAGGCCGGGGCAAGCCCCUGCGCCCCACAAGCCCAACACGGCCACUGGAGCAGGACUGGAGGGGCCGGGGGGAUGCCCACCAAGCACAGGUGUGGGAGAAGGACUGGAAGCGCCAAGAGAUGCCCGUGUGCCAUGCAGAUGUGAUGCGCCAGCUGGAAAGGGACUGGAAAAACCCUGCUAGAUGUCUGGAUGUGGGACUACGGCCGGAUGACAGCUGGAAAAGGCCUGAGAGUCCAGUACAGCAUCUGGAGGAGGACUGGAAGGGUCCCGAGCACGCACGAGAUACACACAGCCCUGAGAAGCCAUUGGAAACUGACUGGGGGAAGAAGAGUCUUCUCAUGUACCAUCCCCAGCUGGGUGGAAGCACCUUCCCACCACAAAGCAGCACUGGCUCCUCAGGAAGCCCGCAGCCACAUUUGAAUGCCAGUAAGAAGCGCAACAAGCCGGAUCUUCUCAAUUUCAAGAAGGGAUGGAUGUCCAUCCUGGAUGAGCCUGGAGAGUGGAAGAAACAUUGGUUCGUGCUGACCGACUCGAGCCUGAGGUAUUACCGGGACUCGAACGCAGAGGAGGCUGAUGACCUUGACGGAGAAAUCGACCUCCGUUCCUGCACGGAUGUGACGGAGUUCGCGGUGCAGCGCAACUAUGGCUUCCAGAUACACACAAAGGAUGCCGUCUUCACCCUGUCAGCGAUGACCUCUGGCAUCCGGCGCAACUGGAUUGAGGCCCUGAGGAAGAAUGUGCGCCCAGUCAGUGCUCCAGAUGUCACCAAACUCCCUGACUGUGACAAGGAGAACUUCCGUAACUGCGUUCCCCAGAAAGGCUCGCUGCGGGCGGAGGAGCAGCCGCGGCCGGGCUCGGGCUCCGAGGGGAGCUCAAAGGGCAGUCACUGGAAGGCGGAGGGGCAGCGCCAUGCCUUUGACUAUGUGGAGCUGUCUCCCUUGCCACAAGACCCUGGAAGUCAGGGCUCCCUGCAGAGGACGAAAGGGAGCUUGAAGGUCUGCGACCGAACUGCCAGGCAUGAGGAGCUGGAGCGGGAUCUGGCCAUGCGUUCAGAGGAGAGGCGGAAGUGGUUCGAGACCCCCGACGGCAGGGUCCCCAACAGCGAUGGCCCAGCAGGGGACCCUGCCCACAAGGCCGGGGAGCAGGACCUCCCCACUCCGCCGCUUUCGGAGGACCAACGGAUCCGUCUGAAUGAGGAGAUAGAGAAGAAGUGGCUGGAGCUGGAGCACCUGCCCUUGAAGGACUUGCGGCGGGUGCCCUUGACAACACUGCUGAACCAGAGCAAGGGGGGCCAGGGAGACACCAACGAGGCGCUGAAAAAGGAGAUCCAGUCACUGCGGGCGCAGCUGGAAUCCUGCCGGGCCAGAAAUGAGAGCCUUCGGGAGGCAGCAAAAUCCCAGGGGGACAGCCAUGUGCCCCGAGGGUACAUCUCACAGGAGGCCUGUGAGCGCAGCCUGGCUGAGAUGGAGUCAUCCCACCAGCAAGUGAUGGAGGAGCUGCAGAGGCACCACCAGCGGGAGCUGGAGCGGCUGCGGCAGGAGAAGGAGCGGCUCCUGGCAGAGGAGGCGGCGGCAACGGCAGCAGCCAUUGAGGCACUGAAGAAAGCCCACCGAGAGGAAAUGAAUAAGGAGCUGGGCAGGACACGGAGCUUCCAGCAAUGCAGCUCGCUCCCAGAAGCCCUCCAGAAGCAGCACCAGUUGGACGUGGAGUCGCUGAAGCGGGAACUGCAGGUGCUGUCUGAGCAGUAUUCCCAAAAGUGCCUGGAAAUUGGGGAGCUCACCCAGAAGGCAGAAGAGCGGGAGCAGAUGUUGGAGCGCUGUCAGCAGGAGGGGAAGGACCUCCUCCAGAAAAAUCAGGAGCUGCAGACCCGCCUCUCGGACGAGAUCGGGAAGCUGCGAAGCUUUAUUUCCUCGCGGGGCUCUGGGGACCGUGCUUCGCACAACAACGAGCGGAGUUCCUGCGAGCUGGAGGUGCUGCUGCGGGUGAAGGAGAAUGAGCUCCAGUACGUAAAGAAGGAGGUGCAGUGCCUCCGGGAGGAGCUGCAGAUGAUGCAAAAGGACAAGAGAUUUGCCUCAGGGAAAUACCAAGACGUCUAUGCAGAGCUGAAUCACAUCAAGGUGCGCUCGGAGCGCGAGAUCGAGCAGCUGAAGGAGCACCUGCGCCUGGCCAUGGCAGCUCUGCAGGAGAAGGAGUCGCUGUGCAACAGCAAGUAACGGUCAUCUCUACAUUUGUUAUCUGUUCUUGUUUUGUAUUUGCUCCAUUCCUCACUCAUGGGGAGAGGGAGGUUGAAUCCCUAUCCGUUGCCACCUUGGCGAGGAGUCUCACACACCCCCAACCUCUUCACUCCCCUCCCAAAGCUUUUUUGAUGAACCCUUUUUGCCUGCAUACCUGAGCACAUUGUUUGGACUGGCUCCUUACAUGCACCUUCCUCAGGAUUUUAUAUGUGAAAAUUAUAUUUUAUAGAGGAUUUUUUUUCCCCAUGGAAAGGAGGGGAAGAGGAGGAGGAAAAUUUUACUACAUCACCAGCAUUUUUCUAACCUGAAAAAGAGAACCUGGUUUUUCCCCCUUUCCUAGCCCCAUUUCUCCUGGCCACACACCUUUGGCACAUAUUCCCUCUCUUCCAAAUGUCUCCACGGUCCCCCUGGGAUGUACGGCAAGGACCAUGCCCCCUCCCUGUGCCACCCCAGGGACCUGCGGAGAAGACACGCGAGCCAUAGGAGGAACGCUGGGGCUGUCUGCCUUGGAUGUGCCUGCCUGAGACGGUUGAAAGAGGACACCUUGGCACGAGUCCACAUGACCGAGCUCUCUCUCCGUGGCUGCCCUUUUGGCUCCUGCAAGAACCUGCACUGGCAGGAGCCCAGAGCCACGGGGCUUCUCCUUUCUGGGGAAGAGGAGCUGUGAGGCUGCUACCGCACCCGCCCGAGCCAACCUCCCCAAGGUGACAGCUGCUGCUGCUCCGCUGUGCCCUUCAACUUUUAACUUAAUAAAAUCUUCCCCUUUCGCUGAGAAAAA